CUUAACUCCCGUCAGCUCUCUUCAUUAAAUCCCACAUCUUCAUAAAUCUAAUUUCAAAAGCAAUCCAGCUUUUUCAUCAACCCAUGCGACUUGACGAGUAUACACUUUAAUCCAAAAGUCAACCCCAAAAACACAUUUUCACCAAAUGGAGCAACAACAACAAUCAAACCCCCUCCUCAACUCCCCACCAGAACUCACACCAACAGAACAAGACGUUCUUGACGAAUACGAGCGUUUGGCAGAGAACAUGAAGAAGCUUGCUUCAGUACUAGAUACGCUGGCCUCCCAGCCCUCGGUCGCAAUUCUCGAUGGACUAAGGGAGCUGGAGCGCAAGACCAGUUUGGUGUUUACCCUUAUGAAGGCGAGCGUUUAUAGUAUUGUUUUGCAGCAGGAGAUUGAUUGGGGUGGCCCUGCUGCUGGGGAGAAUGGUGGUGGUGGUGGUGGUGGUGGUGGUGGCGACGGACCUGGAGGGGCGGGGAGUGAUGGUGUUGGGGAGCAACCGUGAAAGAAGAGGAAGAGCACUGGCGGGAAAGAUGCGUGGGAGUAAGAGAGAGAAAAAGAGAGAGAGAGAGAGAGAGAGAGAGAGAGAGAGAGAGAGAGGAAGGGAAGAAUGCCGUUUCAUUGGUGGUGAAGAUGGUUAACAGGGUAUUAUGCGACAUACGACUAUGGCCGGCAUCGGACAAAGAACGAGGGACAACUUUCGGCCAGAGACAGAGUAAUAUGCUUGUGGGCUGGACGUGGCGAAUGGAGGAAAGGGAGGAGAGGGAAUAUCGAGGAGACAGUCCCUUUUGGACGCCGAAACAAGCAAGCAACAUCAUCCAACUUGGGCCUACCACGCAAUGUUCCCCAAAUCGCAUAGAUAUAUAGGCAACACAUAUCGGACAGCCACCCAGCCACCAACAUAACAGGUAUGCCACCACUGUUUUAACUGCAUAGUCCCUUUUGGUUUUCCGCCCAGUUCCAUGGUCUUCAGUAUAACGUAAUGUACAUAUAUUUACAGAUUAGAAACAAGCAGCGCACAUCCAUGAAACAAAAUUUGGGGG